UCGGUUGUGCACGAGCAUUUACAAAAACAAAUGGCGAAUAAAUCUUACCUGUAUUUAUUAUGUUCAGUUCUAAUUAUUGUUUUAUUAUUAAGAAGUAAUGGUGGUGAUUGUUAUUCUACGAAUGAUAAUUCAGACGCACUUAGAAUCACUCAAUCUUCUACUGAUGGAGAUUUUGAACAAUUUGGCUGGAAUUUAUACCGUGAAUUAAUUAAAUCAACGUCUACAGAAAAUAUAUUUUUCUCGCCAGCUAGCAUUUCAGUUGUAUUAAGUAUGACUGCCGCAGGUGCCAAUGGUACAACACUAAAAGAAAUGCUUACAACAUUAAAUGUUUCAACAAUUAAUGAUAUGACUGUACGAGCACAUAAAAUUGCUUCAAUUAUAGAAUCGAGCGAUAGCAAUGAAAUUAAAUUAAAGUUAGCAAAUAAGAUUUUUAUUCAAAUGCAUUUUAAUAUUUCACAAACUUAUAAAAGUUUAUUAGAACAAGAAUAUUUGUCAUCAAUAACAAGCGUUGACUAUAAAACUAGACCAGUCGAAGCAACAAGUCAAAUUAAUCAAUGGGUUGAAAAACAGACGAAUAAUUUAAUCAAAGGUUUACUAUCGCCACAUGAUGUUACAUCGGCUACAAAAUUAAUAUUAGUUAAUUGUAUUUAUUUUAAAGGUAAGAAUAUAUUUUAG